UCCACACUAAUUCGUCAGUAAAAUGGAGCUUUUCGAAAACGAUCCUCAAACCGGAGGAAUUUGAAAACGACGGCUUUGCGUCAGUAUGGGCGGAGAACAGUUUGAUAACAGAGCUUUUCGAAAACGAUGACAUUGAGAUAAUUAUGUGAUUUUCCUGCCCAACUUUUCGUCAAAUCCAAAUCCAAAAUUAAGGCGGUAAUUGUUGCGUUUUCAAAUUUUCCGGCGCAUUGUGGACGGAAAAUAUUUUAUGCGUUUUCAGAGUGAAAGCACCGUCUUUAAAUUUCUCCGGCGUAGCAUGGGCGGCGCCUAAUGGUUUAAAAUCUGGGCCAGUUCUCAUUUAUUCACACGCCCCAUCCAGAUACGCCAUUAGGGCUCUUUUUAUGAAUGAAUAACACGCUGGUUUUAUCUCGCCUAUUUCAAGAUCUCAACUUAUAACGGUAAUUGGACAGCUUUGUACGUUAAGAUUCUGACUUGGUUCCGAUGUAAAGAAGAACAAGAAUUUUUUAUUGAUCCCUCAAUCUCGCUGUGAUUACUUUUGUUUUAUAUUCUUCUAAGGCGCGGAGCCAAUUUAGAAUUUUAAUAUCUCGAAAUAGGUCUUAUUGUUUACAGCGGAUGUGCUGUUUUUCAUUGAUGUUUGAUUUGAAAUCUAUAUUCAAACAAAAGAGUCAAAAACGAAAACCACUUUGUAAAAAAGCAGCUGCGUGUUACAAAAAGUCAUCCGUGUGCUAGAUUUAUAGCAAAAACUGUCGUAAAAACUGAGAAGAAAUUGUUUUGCUUCCUGACUGAUGGGACCGACAGAAGAAAGUAGAGGAAGCUUACCGCAGAGCGCCAUAAAUUCUUCAGUCUUUGCUCUAACCACAGUUUUAUCGCUCUCAGGAAAUUCGCUCGUCUGUUUCGCUUUCUAUCGAAACAGAAGAUUACGCACAAUUACCAAUUUUUACAUCCUGUCUUUAGCAGUAGCUGAUAUGAUGGUGGCCGUCUUCUUGUUUCCAUUUGGCACGGUUGCUUAUGGGCUGCGCACUUGGCCAUUCAGUGACAACUACUGCCAGUUCACUGGUUUUCUUUCGUUGUAUUGGGCUGAGGUGUCCCUUUGCAUUAUGGCACUCACGUCGAUCAAUCGGUACUUGUGCGUUGUAAAGCCUCGUAUGUACAGAGUACUGUUUACGAAGAGGAAGACUACUACCUCGAUCAUCUGGGUUUGGAUUUGUUCGUUCAUCAUGUCCCUCGUCUACAAUGUCGCCGCAUCUGUUACUUAUCGGUGGCAACCUUACGGUUUAUACUGCCGACCAAAGAUCCUUGAUGAGCGGUUCGAGAGGAUUUUGAACAUAAUGUUUGCGUGUUUGACUUUGCUAUCAAUGUUACUAGUGAUAUUUGGCUACGGUCGGGUUUAUAGCGUUGUCAGAAAACACAACAGUGCCAUCGUCCCUUCUCUGCGAUUUCCAGACAGAACCAUUAGUGCGCAAGAGAUAAAAACAUCUCGUGUACUUUUUGCUGCUGUGUUUGGUUUUUUCAUCUGUUGGGCUCCUUUUAUAGUCGUUUCGAUUUUAGAAUUCGGUUUUCUGGUAAACAUUCCUUCUUCUAUAGAGUUCAUUCACCUGUUGUUCUCUACUUUCUCCGCGUGCAUCAACCCAGUAAUUUAUGGCGUCAUGAACCGCGCCAUGCGAAAGGAGUUUCGUAGCAUAUUACUAUGCAGAAAAGGUUAGAAAAAAUAUAGUAACUACAAUGUAAAGCCCUGGUCAAACGACGCGUGAUAGUUGAUGAUAGUCGACGAGACCUGUAGCCAACUAUCAUGCACUAUCAUCGACUAUCAUCAACUGUCAUUUACAUUAAGCUUGUUCAAAUUGUUAAUGAUAGUCGAUGAUGGUUUUUCCCGUUUGACCACGCCUACGAUAGUUGGUGAUAGUUUAUGACAGUUAGGGGGGAACCACCUCUCCACGGUUUGACCACGCCCUCACUGCAACCAACGUUGAAGUGAUUUUUGGAGCUGUCACGCGCACCCGCAAUUUUGCCUUGAUUUCCUCUCUCUAUAUAUCAUUCACAACCGGCUGACACGAUGUUUUUUCAAUUUGUGAUGCAAAUUAGCCAUACGGUCUGCCAAGGCGCAAAUAGAGGAAGGAAGGAAGACAGUCCUCUUAAAAUUGUCUCGUCCCUGUAGUGGAAGCUUGUGGCAAAUUUGAUUUCAUUACUAUAGCUACGUAAUAAAGAAUAGUCAAUCGAUAUUUUAAUUGUUAACUUUUCAAGUUUUUUUUUCUAGAAAUGCACCGAAAUCGCCUAAAACAUAGAAUAUUAUAUACUACAUUACUAAAAGCUUAGCAUGGCUACGCAAAAUAUAUAAAAAGAAUAGAAAAAUAGUAGAAAUGUGAUGAUUUUGUCCUUACUGACUGAGUGGGAGUUCGGGAGGGGAAAAUAUUAAUUUGGCUCGAGCUAAGGACGUAUACGGACCUAGCGCAGCGAGGUCUGUAUAAGAUGCCGGAUUCGCGGUAACAAAUUUGCGUUAUUAUAUAUCUCAGAAUAUCUUAUACAGCAGCGGAACCCCAAGGGAGGGAUAUCAACUGUGGACUAACCCUAUUCUGACAGGUGGAGACGGAAAGUGCACGAACUGACUUCAGAACCGUUUAUAACGUUUUCAACACCUAAGUAAAAGCUGUUAGACUCUGCAACUGUAUCUGAAAUUUACCUGGAACAAUACGUUUGGUAUGACAUGCCUUGGAACUCGGAGGCUUGAUGUUUUGAUGGUAAUUGUAUAUUGGCAUGCCACUCAAAAUUUGAAAUUUCUUGUAUUUAUCAGCAAAAUUUCACUUUCAUGCGGCGGCUAUUUUUCUUAUUAUUUUUCGGCUCUCUGCAGGGUUGUUUUGCUAAUUUUGAUUAGGUUCAAGGAAUUUUUUGGUGAUUUCCUCACGUUUUAGAAAGAUCCAAAAAUCCAAUCACAAUGCCAACAAACUCGUUUGUUGUGUUCUUCGCGCACGAUUUCAAACGCACGAAAAUAAAUCAAGAAAGCUACGCUACUGGUAGAUUAGAAAAAGAUGUUCUUAUAAAAAGUCGGAAUAUUUGCCAAAACGUAAUAUAUAAAAUAAAGUACACUUGGUUGUAGCUGUGAAA